CCCAAAAACUCACCAAACCUCUCCAUUCCAUGAUUCCCUCCCUCCCCGAUUAUCAAAUCGUCCAAAAGCCCCUUCCUUCCACGAACGCAGACGCGAUCAACAUCCGUACGCGGUGACCACCUCCACGGCUCCACCCCCACCCCCUUCGCCGCCCUCCUCCCGGCCCCGCCCCCUCCGGCCUCUGACGGCGACCACCCACCGCCUCCGCUUGCUUCAGAUCCCCUCAUCCCCCCACCCCCCGCGCGCGCUUUAGACCCACAUAUAUAUACCCUCUUCGAGCGCCUCCUGAUCCCGAAUCCCAGCAGGCGCCCCCGUCGUCUCCGAUCCCGGCCGGCCCCGUCGAGGUCCCGCCCAGCAUUCGAGGCGGAAUGGAGGUCUUCGGCCCCGUCACACCUGGCCAGGUGUCAUUUUUGCUUGGUGUAUUCCCUGUUCUCAUUGCAUGGAUCUAUUCAGAAGUCUUGGAAUACCGAAAAUCUUCGUCCAUUAAAGUUCACUCCGAUUCUAAUUUGGAGAAGGAAACGGUCAGAGCAGAUGAUAAGGCAAUAUUGCUUGAAGGUGGCCUGUCAAAAUCCCCAUCUACAAAGCUUCGGAACAUAUCUACGAAAACAAACCUUAUACGAUUUAUAACAAUGGACGAGUCUUUCCUGCUUGAAAACCGUGCUGUACUGAGAGCAAUGUCUGAGUUUGGCAUCGUUAUGGUUUACUUUUAUGUUUGUGACCGAACAAACAUAUUUCCAGAAAACAAGAAGAGUUACAACCGUGAUCUGUUUCUGUUCUUGUACAUUCUUCUCAUCAUAGCGUCAGCAUUGACUUCACUCAAAAGGCACAAUGACAAAUCAGCAUCUUCAGGGAAGUCUAUACUCUAUCUUAACCGCCAUCAAACUGAGGAAUGGAAAGGUUGGAUGCAGGUCUUGUUUUUAAUGUACCACUAUUUUGCUGCUACUGAAAUAUACAAUGCAAUUCGUGUUUUCAUUGCUGCCUAUGUCUGGAUGACUGGAUUUGGGAACUUCUCAUACUAUUACAUUAAGAAAGACUUCAGCCUGGCAAGAUUUGCUCAGAUGAUGUGGAGGCUCAAUUUUUUUGUGGCCUUCUGUUGCAUUGUCCUCGACAAUGAUUACAUGUUGUAUUACAUAUGCCCUAUGCACACACUUUUUACACUUAUGGUAUAUGGUUGCCUUGGUCUGUUUAACAAGUAUAAUGAGAUACCAUCGGUGAUGGCUACGAAGAUUGCGGGUUGCUUCUUGGCAGUGAUCUUGAUAUGGGAAAUUCCUGGUGUAUUUGAGCUUCUGUGGGCUCCCUUCACUAUUCUAAUGGGCUACAAAGACCCAGAGCCUUUAAAAGCAAACUUACCCCUCUUGCAUGAGUGGCAUUUCCGAUCUGGCCUUGAUCGUUAUAUUUGGAUUAUUGGAAUGAUAUAUGCUUACUUCCACCCAAAUGUUGAAAGAUGGAUGGAGAAGCUUGAAGAAUUGGAAACUAAGGUUAGAUUGUCAAUCAAGGGAGCUAUUGUUACUAUUUCUGUGGUGGCUGGUUAUUUGUGGUAUGAAUAUAUUUACAAGCUAGACAAACUCACGUACAACAAGUACCAUCCCUACACAUCAUGGAUUCCUAUCACUGUAUAUAUCGCCUUACGUAAUUGCACCCAGCAGCUGAGGAGUGCCUCUUUGACUCUUUUUGCUUGGCUCGGCAAGAUCACACUAGAGACCUAUAUCUCUCAGAUCCACAUUUGGCUCAGGUCUAGCAUGCCUAAUGGGCAGCCAAAAUGGCUUCUAUCUUUCAUUCCGGGCUACCCAAUGCUCAACUUUAUGCUUGUAACAGCAAUAUACCUUCUUAUAUCGUACAGAGUGUUUGAGCUAACAAACGUCUUGAAGACAGCUUUUAUUCCCAGUAGAGACAACAAUCGUCUAUAUCAAAAUUUUGUUGCUGGGAUCGCCAUCUCUGUAUGUCUGUAUUUCUGCUCGGUUAUACUUCUCAAAAUUCCAGUUGUAUAGAGAAAAAAAUGCCAAGAACAUGAUCUUGGUACAAGGUCACUUCUGUGGAAUGUUGUCUUCCUAGGAUGAUCAGCCCUUGCCUCGAUUCCACUUUACCGUUGGAGUAAAUAGACUCCAAAAGGAAGAGGCUCAUCAAGGUAUCUUGGAAAUUGACAUGCCUGAGUUCAGAUUUAGGAGGCCAUUUUUUGUUUCUCUUUACAAAUUAUUGUACACAAUUAGGCAAUCGGUACAUUCUUCUGGGAGUUGUAACAGCUGGUUGUACUUGUGAUUCUUACGUGUUACAAAUGCAUAAGAAAUUUCUGUUACAUCGAAGUUUCUUUCUUCUCAAGGAUAGAAUGGUAGAUUCGUUUACUGAUGUAAUUUGUAGAACAGCUACUUUUUUAUGUAUUACAUAAAUCUAUACAAAUGAUAACAUGUUGUUCAUUACUCUCA